ACUAGCGAGCACCGAGCGUGGCUCAGCCAGUCUUGCGUCGCCUUUAUACAAACACAGUUGUAUCGCCCGUGACCGUCUCUACGUGAUAACGUAACAUAUGUGCAAAGAUGAGAUAAAUUGGUUUUGAAAGUGAGAAAAGACACGCGCAACACAAUUUCGAAACCAUAAACGUCAUAUUCGCUUGAAAUAUUCGUGUUUUUCGUCGAGAGCUUUUUGUAUACAUCAAUAUUCACAAUGCCGGCCGAAGCACAAACGAAAGUCAUCCUUCGUGAAGUGACCCCAGAAAUAUCACAGCACAUGCUGUCAGACGUGGACACGCUCCCCAGCGUACAGCUGGGCGACUUCCUGCUGCAGUUCGAGCUGGAGGAGCCCAGGGAGUCAGUGCUGGAGAUAGCGAGGCGAGAGCUACGGGAGACGCCAGAAACUGUCAAACCCGCUGUGGAAGAGCUCAGGAGAUUGCUAGAAGCGGACAAAGAUUUAGUGGUGCCCUUGGAGCGAGACGCGUGGCUCAUUAGAUUUCUGCGACCUUGCAAGUUUUACCCAGAAAGUGCAUACGAUUUAAUAAAGAGGUACUACGCAUUCAAAGUGAAGCAUCACAAGCAUUACGAAGGGCUCGCACCAAGCAAAGAGCAGAACGUCUUCAAACAAAAUGUUCUGCGCGUCUUGCCUAACCGGGACCAGUUAGGAAGAAGAGUGCUCGUUCUAGAAUUAGGCAAAAAGUGGGAUCACCACAAAUGCUCGCUGGAUGAAGUGUUCAAAGGCUGCGUGCUGUUCCUGGAAGCCGCCAUGUUGGAGCCAGAGACGCAGAUCUGUGGCGCUGUCGUCAUAUUCGACAUGGAAGGUCUAUCAAUGCAGCAAGUCUGGCAGUUCACGCCACAAUUCGCUAAAAGAAUUGUAGAUUGGUUGCAGGAGAGUAUUCCGCUCAGGAUAAAAGGCUUCUACAUUAUCAAUCAGCCGUUCAUUUUCAACAUGAUCUUCCAACUGUUCAAGCCCUUGCUCAAAGAGAAGUUGCGCUCCCGUAUCGUGUUCAUGGGCAGUGACCGAGAGCAACUCUACAAAUACAUCUCUCCCAAGUUCUUGCCGGACUGCUACGGCGGCACGCUGAGUAUACCAAAUGUCAGCGGACCACAAUGGUUGGAACUAUUACUGAUCUGCGACAAAGAAUUCGCCGCCAUCAACUCCUACGGAUAUCGGAAAAAAUGAACAAUCAAUGUAAGCUCAUCAAUUAGUCUAUUUAAGGGGACCAGUACAAAAUAAAGCACCUACAUAAAGUUAAAGUAUAAAUAUAAACCAUCGGGCGUUUCGGGCGCCAGUCAAUGCUUUUACUGACUUUGUGGUGUUUUUGGGAGAAUAAAACAUUGUUGUGCAUUUUUUGAAUGUUAAUGUUGCUGUUAAAUGUGCAAAGUUAAUGUUAAAAACUUGCUGUAGGUUCGUUAAAGUUUGGCCUUCUAGUGAUGAAUUAUUUUUUUCUGAACAUAUUGUCACAUACUAUGUAAAAAAUGUUAAAUAUCAUCAUCAUCAUAUCAGCCGAUGGACGUCCACUGCAGGACAUAGGCCUCUUGUAGGGACUUCCAAACAUCACGAUUCUGAGCCACCUGCAUCCAGCGAAUUCCUGCGACUCGCUUGAUGUCGUCAGUCCACCUGGUGAAAGGUUGACCAACACUGCGCUUUCUAGUACAGGGUUGCCAUUCCAGCACAUUAGGACCCCAACGUCCAUCGGCUCUUCGAACUAUAUGCCCGCAUGUUGAGCUAUAUCGGUGCCUUUAGUUCUUUUGCGGAUUUCCUCAUUACCCAUACACCGAGAUUUAAUUUUAUCGGUACUGUUUGUAUUUUGGGCAUUUACGGUCCCUGCUGCCUUACAUUAUAAUAAGAACUAUUGAAAUGUGAUAUGUUAAUUUAAGUUUUUAUUGAAUUAUAACUCGUUAUUGAAUUUACGGUCACGAGAUAAAUAGUUUUAGAUGUAGUUAGGUAACUUUAGUUUAAUGUUCUAUUUUUAUAAUAAAGAAGCAACAAAACGUGACAUGAAAGUUAGAAUUAUUCAUUAGUUUUUAAUGCUACUUAAAUUUGAAUGAAACAUUACUUAAAUAUAAAUAUGAGUAGAUAAGUUUGUGCUGGUUAUGGAUAUCUAUGUGAUGCAAUUAAGCCAAUAAUAGUUUUAUGUGGAAACUUAUUCGAAUGCACAAAUAAAAAAAAUGUGUGGUAAAAUAAUGUGAUAUUUGUGUGAAUUACAUUGACUACUCCUUAACAAUCUAUAUAUUGUUUGUGUCCGUCUAAGACGUUAAGACAAUGCAAUAAUUGUAAACAAAUAUGGCAUCAACCUCAACAGGAUCAUAUUUUCAUAAUUAUCGUUGUAGGAUCAUAUUUAAAAAUAAACAAAAUCAACAGAAUCAUAAUUAAUGUUGUAGGAUCAUAUUUAAAAAUCAACAAAAUCAACAGGAUCAUAUUUAACGUUGUAGGAUCCUCUUGAAAGAAGGAUUCCAAAGCUUUAAAUCUUUUAGCGAUAAACUGCGAUUUGCCUUUAAUCGGUAAACCUUUAAUUUUGUUUCAAGAUAAAUCAGAAGGGAUUUCUAAAUGAAUUUUCUUAUAAAUAUCCUGAUGACUCAAAUGCCCGUUAUAUAAUGCACAAUUUAUUUAUAUAGCAGCUAUGCAAUUUCUCCUGAUAUACAACGAUUUAGUCAUAUAACAAUUGAGAAUUUAUUGUAGCUAGCUAGUGUUUGAGCCUUUUAAUAAUGUCAUGAUGUUCACAAUUCUGAUCUUGCACAUUAUUUUGGAACUUUUUUGUUGGUUACACUAAUUUUUCGUGACAGUUCAAAGGCUGUGAUUUACUUGAUUUCUACCGAUAGAUUCGCUUAUAAUGUCGAGUUACUUUCAAUUUAGUUAUUACAAUAAUUAUUACAGACAGAUCGUCAACGGUCAAACUUUUAAUUUUAACGUCAAAUUGUAGGUAAACAUUAAGAACAAAAUACCUAAAAGUGAAUUUUCUGUACUUAGGUGUUAUUACUUUUACGUAAUUAUAAUCACAAAUACAAAUGUUCUGAUGAGUUAUGAAGCAUGUAUAAUCGAAUUUAAUGAAACAUAUGAUACCUAUAUAUUAUGAAAAUGUAUGUACCUAUAUAUUUUAUGUAUCUAGUCACGUCUAAUAUGACGUUACAUAUAACAGUGUGAUAUAAUUUGAAUAUAAAUACGAAUAUGAGUGGGGAAGCCUGAAAAAUAUAAACUUGCGUAUAUGUAUAUGAAACAGGGUAUUUAAUACUUUUUAUUUUAGCUUGUACAGUUGAAUAAUAUUAUAUAUUUGUUCAAAAAAUAUUAUUGUGAAUGCUAUAUACUCGUAAGUUGUACCAAUCAAAUUGUAUAUUUUGUGUAAGUAACUAAGUAUAUUUUACUUAUAAGCCCGCAAGCUUAAAUAUAAAUAAUUACUUAAUAAAAAUAAAACUGGCAUUCCAAAAAAUGUUUAAGUACCUAAAUGAAACUAUUUUUAGCUCAUUUCCGUGCACUGAAUGGUAAUAGAUUAAAACAAAAGGUAAUUUAAUAUUAUUUAUUUUAUUAUUUACAACUUUAUUCUUUUAUUUACACUUCCUUACUUCAAUUGAAAUAAUAAAAUCAGAAAUCAUGUAUCAUAUUUUAUAAUAAAUUCUAUUUUAAAAUUGU